UUCUUUUAUCAUUAAGACCCUGACUUCAUGGGCUCUUCAACUACACCCGUGUAGAUUGUACCGGAAUUGACAUUAACUGCCCUCAAGGCAGGCUGUCCUAUUUUGUCAGGGUGCCGCUUCCCUUAGACCCAUGGUAUUGAAAGAGUUACUGUUCGCGCCAGUAAAUUCCCCGCCAGUGUGUUGGUAGGGCCCAUUGUUCUGCGCGUCACUCGGGCCCUCCCACUCCUGCGCACAUCGGAGCUGCAGGCAGCCGCGGCUUGGAGAGCGUUUCUCGGUGUGAGGGGGACGGAGCAGGAGUCACCGGGUGCUGGUUAUCCAAAGAGAGUGAGGUUUGUUUAUUUUUGCUGGGCUAAUAAUCCUAGCAGCCAGGCAGUAUUUUGGAAGUCAGAAGUAAAGAUGAAGAGUGGAGGACUUCCACAAUUAGAAAUUAACAUGACCAUGGGAAAGAAACAGAAUGGCAAGGGCAAGAAAGUGGAGGAAGCAGAGCCUGAAGAAUUUGUUGUAGAAAAAGUUCUGGACAGACGUGUAGUAAAUGGAAAGGUUGAAUAUUAUCUCAAAUGGAAAGGUUUCACAGAUUCAGACAACACAUGGGAACCUGAAGAAAACUUAGACUGUCCAGAGUUGAUUGAAGCCUUUCUUAAUUCUCAGAAAGCAGGAAAAGAAAAACCAGACAGCAACAAAAGAAAAUCUGUGUCAGAUAGUGAAUCUGAAGAUAGUAAAUCAAAGAAAAAAAGGGAAACUGUUGAUAAACCACGGGGCUUUGCAAGAGGUCUGGAUCCAGAGAGAAUAAUUGGAGCUACAGACAGCAGUGGUGAAUUAAUGUUUCUUAUGAAAUGGAAAGAUUCAGAUGAAGCAGAUCUGGUGCCUGCUAAAGAAGCAAAUGUAAAGUGUCCUCAGGUCGUUAUUGCAUUUUAUGAAGAAAGAUUAACUUGGCAUUCUUGUCCAGAGGAUGAAGCACAAUAAACUUUUUUUUUCAUGUUUGUUUUUUUUAAGUGAUCAGCCACUUCAGGAACCUUCAAGAUUUUUGUUUUAGUAUUUGCAGAAUAAGCCAAACUUUUGGUUAUGGCCCCAUGACAUUGGCAUGGCAUAAGGAGCCUUUGAUAUGAAAAAUUACUUUCUCUGGGCUUUUUAUACAUUUCAAAUUAUUGGAAGUUUCUGUAUUAUGCAAAUUUUGCAAGUGUUUUGUAGUCUUCGGUCAUUGUGCAUGUUAAUGCUUCUAACCUGUCUGUAUGCUAGUUUCAUUAGCACCAGUCCUUUGGUGGAAGAGGCCUGGGAAUAACUUUGUAGUAAAUGGAAUGUUACCUUACUGUAUAUUGUUUACUUCAAUGUAAAUACUGGUGAGCAGUGUUCAAUAAAUAGUUUUAUAUUCUCCAUAAGUUGCAGGAGGCAGUCUCAUGGUUUAAACAUUGCAGUAAUCAUGUUAACGAUGCUCUUGGUAUAGAGCUUCAUAUGAAAGAGGCCUGGAUUUAUAAACCUAGCAAUGUGUUUAGCCUCUUUAUUGAAUACACUAGGUGAUUUAAGUAUGACACUUGGGAGUUUUGGAGUGAAACAUUUUUAACCAUGUUUUAGGCUUUUGUAGAAGCCCAAGGCAACCACAGCUCUUUAGCAGUGCCUCCAAAGAUCUGUGCCUCCAAAGAUAGCUUCCUGUGUUUUCUUCUGAUUCCUUGCAUAUGAUCUGUGCUGAUGUCACACAGCCGAGCUUAGGUACCCACUCACAAUAUACUGUGUGUGUAUAUAUAGAAUCUAAAUAUCCUGCUAUAAGGCUAUUUAAUAAUUUGUUCUGAUUCACAUUACAUGGCCGCUCUGAAACCAGUGCAAUUGGCAUAAGAAUUUAAUAAUCUGCCCUGUAGCAUCAGGUUAUUACAUUUGCAACAACUCCCUAAACUUGGCUUCACAACAGCUGCCUAGCACCCUGAGCAUGUGAGUGUUGCAGACAUUUUUAUCAGAAUCCAAGAUGGGGUGCUCCUUGAACAGCUGUAAAGGUCUGGAUCAUUACUGCUACAGAGAUGCUGAAUCUUUAGGAUGUUGCAGUAAGUUGUGUAUAAAAUAUGGCACUUCUAGACUUUUUUUUUUUUUUCUAGUUUAGUUCUCCUUUUAACACCCAAUAUUCUUUCUGUAAGCGCACAGAAAAAAAAUCCUGAUUUACCAUGUCUGUUAGGAUCAACAUAAGUUGUGCCUUCCUUAACUUUUUUUUUUAAUUCUAUUAAUAUGUAAAAUGACGUAGUCAACAGACUGGUUGAUAGGACUCUCCCAUGCGCACUAACCGCUGUCCCCCAUGUAAUUAUACAGAAGUCGUGUUUUGAUAAGUUAACAAUUUUUUUUUUUUUUUUUUGCACUUUGUGGCCCAAAGAAAAGGCGAUUUUCCCAUGGGUGACAAAAAAACAAAACCGUUUGUCAGUGUCUUUUCAGAGACAAUUGUGUGUCAUGUUAAAGCUGUUCAUUAAAAUUUUAUAUAGUUCA